ACUGCGCAACAGCACCAAGAGCGGUUCACACUAAGGAGUGACAGUCGCGCUGAUAUUGAUAGUUUUUUUUUAUGUUGUGAGUUCUCGGUGUUCUGUGAACCUUAGUUCGCUGUUUAAGUGGCACUUAUUUGGGAGGCCAUGCGGCGAAGUAAGGCCGAAGUGGAUCGUUACGUUUCCUCAAUUCAGAGUUCCUCUCCCUCACUCAAAGAGAAACCAGUGAAAGGAUUUAUAUUUGCUAAAUUGUACUUUGAAGCAAAGGAAUAUGAACUUGCAAAAAGACAUGUAUCGGAGUAUCUCAAAGUCCAACAGAGAGACCCCAAAGCACACAAAUUCCUUGGACAGCUGUACGAGAGAGAAGGAGACAUUAAUAAAGCAGUAGGAUGUUACAAGCGGUCAGUGGACCUGAACCCAGCCCAGAGGGACCUGGUGUUGAAGGUGGCUGAGUUACUGGUUAAUACGGAGGAAUGUGAUGGCAGAGCAGAGUUCUGGGUGGAGAAGGCUGCAAAGCUGCUGCCAGGAAACAUAGCAGUCUUCAACCUGAAGGAGCGUUUGUUAAGUCGUCAGGGUCAGCAGGGUUGGAAUCGACUUUUUGACCUCCUCCAGGCUGAGCUGGCAGUGAGGCCGGGUGAUGCACAUGUAAACGUGAAGCUGGUUCAGCUGUUCUGUCAGGAUGGUCGACUGGAUGAAGCUGUCAAGCAUUGCCUGGCUGCUGAGAAAAGGGGCAUGCUAAGCCGUAGUUUGGACUGGUACACAGUUGUGGUGCGCACAUUGAAGGAAUAUUUGGCUCUGCCCAGCAUAGCCAGCAAUGAAAAGAUGUGUCGCCGUCUCCAGGGAGAGUUGCUGUUGGCCCACUGCAACCUGCUGAGAAUCUCACUGUCCGAGAGCCGAGUGCAGUCCAGUCUUGAUGCGCUCAAAGGUUUUGAUCAAGCGAUGCACCUGCUGAGCAGCGUUGCAGGCCGCUACACCGACGAUCUGUGUGAGGUGUAUGUGGAGAUGAGAGGUCACCUCUACCUUCAUGCUGCCACACUGCUGUUGAAGCUGGCUCAGGAUCGCCAGCAAUCCUGGAGGGAUGUUGCGGACUUUGCUGUACUCUGCUACCUGCUAGCAUACCAGGUCCCUCGACCAAAGCCUAAAAUUAAAAGAGACCAGUCAGCGCCACAGCUUCUCGAACUACUGGCCAACGAUCGACAGAGUCAGGCUGGACACAUGUUGCUCAAUCUGAGCAUGGAUUCGUCUACUUCAAUCGGAGAGGUGGUGGAGGCAUUUGGUAACUGCAGUGGUCGGGACUCCCUGUCUGAACUCCUGUUUGGACCGCAGGCCUCCACUGGAUCUUCAUUUAUUGCCAAUGAUGACAUUCGUUCAAUCAACACCUCUGUUCCAGAGCUAUCUCAAUUGGCCAAAUAUGACACUGGCUCCAUUCAACUGCAUGGUGGUGACUUGCAACAUCUGAGCUGGUUGGGGCUGCAGUGGACAUUUCGAGCCCAAAGACCAGCACUGCGGGAUUGGCUAGGGCAGCUUUUUCCAAGGCUUCCCCUGGAAACUUCCAAACUGGACACGGAUGCACCAGAAUCCAUCUGCUUACUAGACCUCGAGGUGUUUUUACUCGGUGUGGUGUUCUGUAGCCACUGUCAGUUACAAGAGACAGCGAAGAUCAGCAGUGGAAUGAACCAACAGCAGCAACAGCAGCAGCAGCUUUAUGAGCCACGCUGCCUCCCCCUUCCUCUCCUUCGCCUCUUGACCACUGACAGACAGAGGGAGUGGUGGGAUGCUAGCUACAGCCUCAUUCACAAUCGAGCAGCCCCCAACAUGUCAGCCAAGCUACGCAUGGUUAUUCAACAUGGGCUGAAAACUCUGAGGGCUGGAGAGAAACAUGGACUUCAACCAGCACUGGCCAUCCACUGGGCCCAGUCUCUUAACCAGACGGGUGAUGGAGUAAACUCCUACUAUGACCAGAAGGAGUACAUUGGUCGUAGUGUCCACUACUGGAAGGUCGUCCUCCCGCUGUUGGAAAAAAUCAAAAACAGACGCAGUAUACCUGAACCCCUUGACCCACUCUUCAUACACUUUUCCUCUAAAGACAUUCGGAUUACGUCUGUGAAGACUUAUGAAGAGGAAUUCAACAUAGCAUAUGCGGCUCUCCUUGAUAUUGAAGGCAGGACAGAGGAAGCCAUUGCUACAUUGGAAACCAUCAAUAACAUGUCCUCCAUCUGGCAUUUGGCCCAGAUCUACCAGCGGCUGUCGGAGGAGGCCAGCAAUGGGGUUGAGGAAACCCAAGAUAGGUGCAUCACUUAUCUGAGAAAGUUCAGGACCUACCUGUCUAAGAUCUACAAUGCCAAUGCUGAUGACUUUGAGAAGCUGCCUGUGUCCAUGGAGGAAGUUCUCGACCUCCUGAAUGAUGUGAACCAGCAGCUAGGAGAAAAUGGGGAGGCAAUGGAUGAGGAGGAGGAGGGUCAACGAGGACCAGUCCACUCUAGUCCUGCUCAUCCUACAGAAACCAAUGCCACCAUUUCCCACUCACACAUCAAGUUUUCAACUCCGUCUCCCAACAAAAGCAUCAUCUCUCCGUCCAAAAGACUGAUUUCUCCAAAGACACCACCUCAGUGGGUGGAUGACCAGAAAAGUCUCCUUCAGAUGCUGUGUCAGCAAGUUGAAGCCCUCAAGAAUGAAGUUCAUGAUUUGAGGCACAACGCUUCAGGGAACGCAGGCUCUCCUCAUCAUAAGAUGUAUGGGGAGAGCUACGGGGCUGAAGGCCUACAGGAGUCUUUUACACCAGUUCAGUCCUACCAUGGUGCCCCCCUAACAGUUGCCACCACAGGUCCCUCUGUGUUUUACAACCAGUCUCCAGCUUAUAACUCUCAGUAUCUCCUGCGCACAGCAGCAAAUGUAACCCCCACUAAGGGCCCAAUGUAUGGUAUGAACCGUAUGCCACCUCAGCAGCAUAUGUAUGCUUACCAACAGCCCACUCACACGCCUCCAUUGCAAACAGCCCCACCCUGCAUUUACCCCCCACAAGAACAAGUUUUUGGUGCCCCUCUGCGAUUUGAAUCACCAGCCACAAGCCUCCUUUCCCCAUAUAGUGAAGAAUAUUAUGGCCAGAGUGUAACCCAACAAACCAUUAACCCACCUCUACCUGAACCUGGCUACUUCACCAAGCCAUCUGUUGUUCCUUCUCAGACGCCAAAGAGCGCAGAGGGUAAGCCCAUGGACUUUGGGAAAGUGUCAUUCAGCCAGCAGGCACCUGCUGAAGUUCCCAAAGUGCCUAGUUUUGGAGCAGGGGCAGUUGCCCAGUCAACACCUUCAGCUGGUUUCAAAUUCAACUCCAACUUUAAAUCCAAUGAUGGAGAUUUCACCUUCCCACCUUCUCAGGCCAAGAACAGGGAAACCCUACUUGGCCUCCUUACAUCAGACAUCCCUACUAAACAGGAGACUGUUGUAGAAAAAUCCCCUGCUCAGGAGCAGCCCAUUAGCCAAAGUGGUGUUUUCACCUUUGGUACUAAAAGUGUUCCAAGCUUCUCUUUUGUUGAUACUACUCAAAGCACUGGUACUGGAAGUCUGUUUGGAAAAGUGAACCAGCCAUUUAAAUUUGGUGAUGUUGCCAUGCCAGUGUUUGGGUUAUCCAGUGGUGUAGCAGAGGCAGAGAAAGCAGCAGAGAGUGACAAUGACAGUACCCGUGGUGAGGAUGAAGAGGAUGGCCCUCAUUUUGAACCCAUUGUACCUCUUCCUGAUAAAGUAGAUGUUAAAACCGGUGAGGAAGAGGAGGAGGAGAUGUUUUGCAAUAGGGCAAAGCUGUAUCGAUUUGACACCGAGUCAAAAGAGUGGAAGGAGAGAGGUAUUGGCAAUGUUAAAAUUUUAAAACACAGCACUAAAGGGAAGGUCCGCCUUUUAAUGCGAAGGGAACAGAUCUUGAAGAUCUGUGCCAAUCAUUACAUUACCACUGAUAUGCUACUGAAACCAAAUGCUGGUUCUGACAAAUCCUGGGUGUGGAAAGCCAUUGAUUAUGCAGAUGAAGAACCAAAGCCAGAGCAGCUAGCAAUCCGAUUUAAAACUGUUGAUGAGGCAUCUCUUUUCAAAGCUAAGUUUGAGGAAGCCCAGAGAAUUGUGGUCAAAUCACCUGAAAAGACUGUUCAAAAGGAAAAGGGAGAGGGAAGCUUAAAAGAUUCUAAAUCACUGGCAGCACAGUUCGCAAUCAAAGAAGGGGAAUGGGACUGUGAUGUGUGCUGUAUCAGAAAUAAGCCCACAGAUAUGAAAUGUGUUGCAUGUCAGAGUUCCAAUCCCAAUGCUACAUCAAAGCCAGACGUUAAUGCUGCUGGUGAUAGCAAAGCCAGUACUUUUGAUUUCAAAUUUGGAACCGAUUCAUCACAACCUAGUAGUUCUGUCUCUACAUUUACUGGCUUUGGAGCUUUUGGGGCUUUUGGAGAUAGUAAGACCUCUUUUACAUUUGGGACUGGUGCCUCAAAACCUGCUGACAUAGUAACCAGUUCAUUUUGUUCUAACUUUGGAGCUCAAUUUGCAAAGAAGCCAGGACAGUGGGAAUGUGAAAGCUGUUCUGUGAGAAAUGAGGCCACUGCAGAUUGUUGUAUUUCUUGCAAAGCUCUUAAAUCCCCAGCUAUAACAACUGUUACAGCACAAACCACACCAGCUGCAGAACCACCUGUAGUGCAGUCCUCUUCAUCUGCUAGUGACUAUGGGUUUGGUGCCCAGUUCAGCAAGAAGCCGGGGCAGUGGGACUGUGAUGUAUGUGAGGUCAGAAAUGAAAUCUCUGCUGACAAAUGUGUUGCUUGUAGUAGCCCAAAUCCAACUUCUAAAUUAAAAGUAGGGGCUCCAAUAUCAUCAAAUCUGCCAGCAGUGUCAGGAUUUGGGUCUGAUUUUUCAAAGAAAGACGGCGAGUGGGACUGCGAUUGUUGUUUGGUCAGAAAUGAUGCAUCAGCUGCUAAAUGCGUUUCCUGCCAGGCCCCACAUGAGAAACCUUCUUUAGAAGCCAUGUUUGCCAAGAAAGGUGGAGAAUGGGAUUGUGACACUUGUCUGGUGAGAAACAAUGGCUUUGCCAGUAAAUGUUUGUCUUGUCAGUCACCAAAUCCCACUGCUAAAAGCACAACCAGCACUGCUCCCAGUGCCUCAACUUUUAACUUUAGCUUUGGAACCAAGACUCUGACAAGUCAGCCAACCGGAACUGGAUUCACAAUACCUUCUGAAAGUGGCAAUACUUUUCAGUUUGGUCAAAACAAAGAUAAAAGCUCCGCUGCUUCUUUCAAGUUUGAAGCCUCCCAGUCUGGAUCUACCACCAGUUCUUCAGGCUUCUCUUUCUCAAUGCCCAUCCCUACUGGUGGCUUUAAAUUUGGCAUUCAAGACACUGCAAAAGAACCCCCCUCAACUGAUGAUCCAGCACCUCCUUCAGGGUCAGCCUCCAGUUUUCUGAAAAGCAUAGCUGACAAACACAAUGAGAAACAAAAUAUAUCUACACCAGAAGUGGACCCAGCUGAACAAGAUCAAAACCCAUUAAUUUCUGGAAAACCCAAUACAUUCAGUUUUGCUGACCUGGCAAUGUCCUCUGGAGGUGAUUUUCAGUUUUGCCAGAAAGAUCCAAAUUUCAAGGGUUUCGCUGGGGCUGGUGAGCAGGUGUUAUCAUCUUUUCAGGCAACCCCUACCAAAACGGAUGCCUCAAAUGAGCUGGAGGAUGAUGACAUGUAUAAAACGGAGGAAAAUGAUGACAUUCAGUUUGAACCAGUGGUACAGAUGCCUGAUAAGGUUGACCUAGUGACAGGAGAGGAAGAUGAGCAGGUUCUUUAUUCUCAGCGUGUCAAGCUGUUCAGAUUUGACCCAACCACCGGCCAGUGGAAAGAGCGUGGUGUAGGAAACCUCAAAUUUCUGAAAAACAAUGCCAAUGGCAGGCUCAGAGUGCUCAUGAGAAGAGAGCAGGUUCUGAAGGUGUGUGCCAACCACUGGAUCACCACCACGAUGAACCUGAAACCCUUGGCAGGCUCGGACAAAGCAUGGAUGUGGAUGGCCAAUGACUUCUCUGAUGGAGAGGCUAGCCUUGAACAGUUGGCUGCUAAAUUUAAAACCCCAGAGCUUGCUGAGGAGUUUAAGGAGAAGUUUGAAGAGUGUCAGAGAUUGCUUUUGGAUAUCCCUCUACAAACUCCCCACAAGCUUGUUGACACAGGUAGAACAGCACAUCUCAUUCAAAAAGCAGAGGAAAUGAAAUCUGGUUUAAAAGACUUGAAAUUCUUUUUGACAGAUGAGAAGACAAAGAUAAAAGAUGAUGACACGCAAGGAGAUAUUACAACGUCUAGCAAUGUUUCAAGCCUUGCAACCAAAGCUCAUAGUGAAACUCUUGGUCCCACUUUGGAGUGGGACAACUAUGACUUACGAGAAGACGCUUUAGAUAAUACAGCUGACUCAUCUGUCUAUGCAUCUCCCAUUGCCGGUAGCCCCCUAAGAAAAAAUCUUUUCCGCUUUGGAGAAUCCAUUGGUGGGUUCAGCUUCAGCUUCCAACCUGGCAUUAGUCCAUCUAAGUCCCCUGCUAAGCUUAACCAGAGCAGAUCAUCAGUAGGUACUGACGAUGAGCAGGAUGAGGAAAGGGAUGGCCAGUACUUUGAACCUGUAGUCCCCCUACCUGAUCUGGUGGAGAUUUCUACAGGAGAGGAAAAUGAACUGAUCGUUUUCAGUCACAGGGCCAAACUGUAUCGCUAUGAUAAGGACUUGGGUCAGUGGAAGGAGAGGGGUAUUGGAGACCUCAAAAUAUUACAGAAUUAUGAUACCAAACGAGUGAGGUUAAUAAUGAGGAGAGACCAGGUACUUAAGAUUUGUGCCAACCAUUGGAUCACGGCUGCCAUGAAGCUGGAGCCUAUGAAAGGUGCUGAGAAGGCCUGGGUCUGGAGUGCCAUGGACUUUGCUGAAGAAGGAGAGGGUAAUAUUGAGCAGUUAGCUGUAAGAUUCAAGCUGCUGGAUACUGCAAAUGUAUUCAAACAAGUCUUUGGGGAGGCUAAGGUUGCACAAGAUAAAAAGGAACUUAUGACUCCAGUGACAUCAGGAGUUGUCACAUUUCAAAACACUGGGCCUGAAGAAUCUGCAAAGACUGCUGCUCCAGCUGUAUGUGGGAGUGCAGCAAUCGCUGUUCUGGAGGAGACCACUAAGGAACGUACAGAGCUUCUACCCGACAGUGUGCAAUGUGUACCUGUGUCUCCAACACCAGUCAACUCCUCAAAGACAGUGGUGUCUCCUCCUAAGUUUGUCUUUGGCACUGAUAGUCUUCAGAAGAUUUUUGGCAGUCCAAAGUCUCACUCUGACACUGAGGAAUCGACAUCCAGUUUGAAUGCCAGAGAUGCUGGACUUCUUGCCAAGGGCUUGCCUGCAUCACCUGCUUUCAAAAUCCCAGAGAAAGGGCUGGAUUUUAGGCUUUUCAAAGAUAACCCAAUGGCUUUUUGGACCAGCACUUCAACCACCCAAUUUGAACCCCCAGGGCCCCCACAGGCUGAAGGAAGAGAUGCAGGGUCAGAUGAUGACUCUGAAGUGGAAGUUGUGUACGUCAGGGAACCCACUGCUGAACAGGAAGCUUUGGCCAAGAAACUCCUGCUGCCGCUCACCUUCUUCUGCUACCAGAAUGAACCGGGUUACUCCAGUGAUUAUGAAACUGAUGACGAGGAUUAUGAGUCGGCAGUGAAAGCAUUAAAUGGAAAGCUGUACCCCGAUCCUCCUGGGGCCACAGCAUGUAGUGAUGAGCCAGACUGUCAGGUGGUGUGGGAGAAGACGCCAACGCCACAGGAGGAGGAAAAGGCCAAGAGCCUCCAGCUUCCACCCACUUUCUUCUGUGGCCUGAGCACCACAGACAGCGACACAGACCCUGACAAGCCUGAAGACUUUGAGACCGAAAUCCGCAAAGCGCAGCAAGACCUGGACGCCCAGUUAAAGAUGGGCAUUAACUUGAGCCGCACUGCUGUAGCCUCAGAGGAGCCAGCACCAGGCACCAGCAGCACAGACACUGUGGACAGCACAUCUACACCACAGGAGCAGACCUCAGAGCAGCCAACAGAGACUCAGAGUGAAGCUCGUAGCAGCAGCUGUCCAAUUGACCUGUCAACGAAGAAGAGUCCAGAGCUGGAGUCCAUCACCGAAACUGCAGCUUCUACCAUUUCUAUGGCCAUUAGUAAAGACUCCCCCUUUGGUUUCAACUCACUCGGCGGCUCCUCAUUCGCUGACUUGGCAAAAAACACAGAUGGAUUUGCAUUUGGAAACCAAGACUCGAGCUUCUCUUGGGCGAAUGCCGGAGCGAUGGUGUUUGGGGCCGCAGUGAACUCGGCACCCAAAAAAGGAGGCGACGACCAGGGCAGCGAUGAAGAGGAGGCUCCCAAUAAUGAGGACAUUCACUUUGAACCAAUAGUGUCACUGCCAGAGGUGGAGACAAAGUCUGGUGAGGAGGACGAGGAAAUUCUGUUUAAGGAGCGUGCCAAGCUGUUCCGGUGGGACAGAGACCUUGGCCAGUGGAAAGAGCGCGGCAUCGGCGACCUCAAGAUCCUCUUCCACCCGACCAAACAUUUCUACCGAAUCCUAAUGCGAAGAGAGCAGGUGUUCAGGGUUUGUGCCAACCAUAUUAUCUCGGAGGCAAUGGAGCUCAAACCUAUGAAUGUUGCCGCUAACGCGCUGCUGUGGACCGCCACCGACUAUUCAGACGGCGACGGCGCAGUGGAGCAGCUGGCGGCCAAGUUCAAAACCCCAGAGUUAGCCGAAUCCUUCAAGAAGACAUUCUGCGAGUGUCAGAAAAGAUUGGUUCUAAGUGAGGACUCCAGCAUCUCACCGCAGAUGUCUAGAGUUCAAGCGCACUCCAGGGACACCAAUCCGCAGGUGUUUCUCCAAGUGUCCGCCGACGGCGAAACCCUGGGCACCGUUACCAUAGAGCUUUUCUCCCAAGUCGUGCCGAAGACGGCAGAAAAUUUCAGGGUUCUCUGUACUGGCGAGAAAGGCUUUGGACUGCGGGACUCAGUCUUCCACAGAGUCAUACCAGACUUCAUGUGUCAGGGAGGUGACAUCACCAACAGUGACGGCACAGGCGGUAAGUCCAUCUACGGCAGCAAGUUUGAGGACGAGAACUUCAGCAUUCGGCACACAGGCCCGGGGAUUCUGUCGAUGGCCAACCGUGGACGCGACACCAACAACUCGCAGUUCUUCAUCACGCUGAAGAAAGCCGAACACCUGGACUACAAACACGUGGCUUUCGGCUGGGUUCGGGAUGGAAUGAGUGUGGUGCAGCAGAUGGGGAAGCUUGGCACCAAAGGAGGCACGCCUACAAAGAAGCUGGUCAUCACAGACUGUGGGCAGCUGUAGAUUUCUUUUUUUUUUAAACGUUAAGAUCAACAUAUAUAGCUUGAUUUAGGUUAUAACUCAAGGCCAACAAGGACUUUGGAUAAUCCCGUGUUCCCUACGUGGUACAUACACUCCUGCUAAACCUGAAUCUCGAGUCAGAAAUUGAAUACUGAUCACAGGACUGCUGGUCAAGACCUUCUAUCCUACAAACUUGACCCCAGUGGCCUGGAAUUAGAAGAAAAUUAGCUUGAGAAAUGUAGUUAAAAAGCUAAUGUCUAAUGACAUGGUGAGGGUGCAGGCACUUGGAGCAAUCACGUUGCUCUUUUGCAUUUCCAUCAAGAAAAUUCCCUUUAUUUGUUUAUUUUGUGUGUAUAAUUGUACAUGGAUUACUUUUGUAAUGUCUAUUUUUUUGUCUUGCAUGUUCUCAGUUUGAUUGUACUGGUCCAUUUCACAAGUUCCAGAGAUUUGCUUAUUCUCUUUUGAAGAAGUCUUAACUAAAAUAGAAAGGUUGCUCUUUGAAUGCGUCAGUCGAUUUGUUACUGUCACCCCCCAAUUCUGUCCAAACGGUUUGAACAAAGCAAUGUUUUUGCUUUGUUCAAAUGGAUUUUUCGAUUUGUGUGCAGAUAAUUCAAUUUAAUAUUUGCCCACGUACAGUUAACACGAGUCAUCUCACAAUGUUAACAAACAUCAGGCGAGAGCGUUCCGAUUCGAGAUGAUCAUCAUUUGAAAUGGAAACGGUGCCUGUUGUACCAAAGUAGUGUGACGAAGGAGAAAUAAAGUUGCUUUACAAUUAA